AUUCUUCCUCUUCUGAUGAGCCAAGCAGUUUUUUUUUAAGUUUGCUGUUGCCUCAUUAUGGAAAAGAAUGUUAUGAAGGCUUGCCAACAAAUCAGGUUUAAUAAAUUGAACAUCUCGUAGCAGUCAAGCUGUUAAUGAGUAAAUUUCAGAGAUACUCCGGCAGGUUAGAAUGCUCUGAUGUUCCACAUGAUAAGAACAGAUCUACCACUAAAGGAGUUGUUGAAAAUCAAUCACUGAUGGAUGAAACUGGAGUCUCAGAGGGAGCCAAGACUAUUUUAGUUGAUCAAGCAGAAGAGUACUAGACUAUUGUUCCACCAAAGUUUAUCCAGCAAACACUAAACAACAAUGAAUACUCUAUGGCUGAGACCUUUGAACACUGAAGGCCAUCUCCAACUUAUCCUAACAUCAUACACACAUAUGGGAGACUCUGAAUCUGUGUUUAUACCAACAAACAUCCCCAGGGUUGAAGAUGGAUUAUCCGACAGUGAGGAGGAGCAGUUCCAAACCUUUAAAGACGCAACUACAGUAAGGAAAGCAGUUUCAGCUGGCAGUCAUGCCUCAGAGGCCAGGCCUUGCAUGAUGCUGUGGUCUCAGCUUCAUGCACCUCACCCUAGGUUGGCACAUCAGGAUGAACUUUGCUCCGAGGCCAAGACACACACAUUCAUCUUAAAAACAGGUAGCCCAUGGCAGGAAUCCUUGAAGUCUGAACUAGAGACAGAACUGGAGGAAAAAAAGCAGUCUGCCCUCCGCAGCCCACCAAGAAGAGAACACAAGAGAGUCAAGAGGCCAGCUGACAAGCAGGUGCCCAGAGGACAGCGCGAGGCUUUGCAGGAAACACAGACAACAGAUGACCUGAGUGCCAGCUUCCUGCCUCUAAUGUCAAGGAGCACUUGGAGAAGUAAUUCAGCAAAUGUAUUUCAAAUGCACUACCAGGUUAACAAAGAGCGAAGAUCCGGGUUGCGGGAACCAGACUUCUGCUCCAGUAAAUUAUCAGGAGACGACAGCCUAGAUACAAGUGUUUCAGAAGGUACGGAGCCUAAAGGGUCAUUGACGUUCACUGACCCGUCUCCAAAAGCCAGAAAGAAGCUAAAGCACUUGAAAAAAUACUCCAAAGAUGCUGGUUUCACAGAACUUGUUUGUAAGAAAGGAAAAAGAAAACUAAAAGAUCUGGCAAAUGGAUUCUUUCGCUACAAAAACGGGAUUGUUGUAAGCAGACAUGGACCUUUUUGGCCAGUAGGAUUCAGACAGCUUUGUCCAACACCAGUUCAUAUAAUAAUCUGCCCAGAUGCUGAAGCAUUAUGGUCAAAAGACACACAAGGUCUUGACUGUAAGAUGGGGAUUAUGAGUCAACCAUGGAGACGUAAAGUUUUGGUGUUUGAUUCAGAGAAAUAUACAAAGAAUCCACUUUGUCAAAUGCCAGAAGACUCUGGUCCCAGCCUGCAGUUUGAGUCAAGGUUUGAAUCCGGGAAUUUGCGACAGGCUAAGAGAACUGGUGAAUUUGAAUAUGAACUUCUGCUCAAAACAGACCUGUUUACCAACAAGCACACUCAGUGGUAUUACUUCCAGGUUAAAAAUGCUGUCCCUGGGGUCACCUAUAAAUUCAGGAUUAUCAAUCUGCUGAAGAGAGACAGCCUAUACAACCAUGGAAUGAAGCCCCUGGUGUACUCAGAAAAGGGUGCCAAGGAAGGGCAGGUUGGCUGGUUUCGAUCAGGGCACCAUAUUGUCUACAAACCAUGGAACAACCCAUCAUACAACAUCCUCCUCCUCCCCUUUGUUCAAUAUUACUGUCUAGAGUUUCUCAUUGAAUUUAGCCAUGCUGAGGAUACAUAUUACCUGGCUCACAGUUAUCCGUAUCACUAUUCCACUCUUCUCUCACACUUGAAUGGAAUCACAGAGGACCCACAGCGCUCUGCAUAUGUAAAGAAGGAAGCUCUGUGCAAGACCCUGGCUAGAAAUACCUGUUUUCUACUGACAGUCACAGAUUUUGAAGUGAAUACGGCGGAGAGCUGUUCCAGUAAACUGGGGGUGGUGCUGACAGCGAGGGUCCACCCGGGAGAGACCCCCUCCAGCUGGGUAAUGAAAGGAGUCCUGGAUUUCCUGACAUCCGAGGAACCCCUCGCCCAGGAACUAAGAAGAAGGUUUGUUUUCAAACUGGUCCCCAUGCUGAAUCCAGAUGGUGUAAUAGUGGGAAACUACAGGUGCUCCCUGGCUGCCCAAGACUUAAAUAGAAACUAUCAUCAUCCUGAAAGAAAAGUGACCCCCACUGUUUGGCACACAAAACAAAUGAUUGAGGAAUUUCAGAAAGACCACGGUAUACUGUUGUAUUGUGACUUACACGGCCACAGUCGGAAACCUCAUGUCUUCAUGUAUGGAUGUAACCAGGCAUCUGCAGAGUCCUCCUCAGUUUCCUCUCAUCUCCGGGAAAGGAUUUUCCCAUUUCUUGUAUCUCAGAAGGAUCCCCACAGCUUUGACUGGAAAAGCUGCAGGUUCCACGUCAAGAGAAACAAGGAAUCGACAGGCCGUGUUGUGAUGUACAGACAACUGGGUAUCCACAACUCCUUCACAAUGGAAGCUUCUUUCUCUGGGACAUUCAAAACAGACUCUGGCCCUCGCCACUUCAGCAUUAGAGACUACUUACUGAUAGGGAGACAUCUAUGUGAAAGCAUCCUGGAUUACGCCAGUCUAAAGAGUGAUCCCAUAAAGCUAAAUGAACUGAUCCUGCAGAUGUCUCAUUCAGUAGCACAGCAAGUUUCAUGCAACAGAAAAAGAAGCUCACACUCAACAGCUUCAACAUUCACAAGAACAACUGUUGAAGAUCCUGGAUACACUGAAAACACUGAAGGAUGUACUGAUACAGACGACACAUCUGAGGACUUGAGUACCUUGGUUAACAAAGAAAAAGUUUUUGUCCCAAAGAAUUCAGAAACAUUCCCAGUGCUUCAAAAUCCAGAUGAUGACUUCAUAGCUCUUGAAGAACAAGUUCCACCAGAGUCAUUGCAGAGAUGUUUAGAACUUCUGAAACAACUGACGAUUGUUGAGGCCGCACAGGAGUCUUACUCAAGCGAGGAUAGUGACAGCGAGUCGGAACCAGCAACCAAAUGUUUUCCACCGAACGAAAAGAUAGUAAUGAGGCAGACAACUGUUAGUGCUGAUCUUCCAGUUUUCACAUUUUCAAAAGUACAAGAUGCUCACAAUAAACUGAAUACCAGGAGAGCUGCGAUGGUAAACCCACUGUUUGUGAACCGUUAUGCCAAUCGCAGCAAUGGAGGAAUCCCCAUCUACUCACAGGAACGUCUACUGGAAAGAGCUAAGAAGAAGGAAGAAAUUAAAACCAAGCAAAAAGAACAACUGUCUAACAUUGAGUUGCAAAAUGGCCCUCUGAGGCACCUGUCGGUGGACAGCUGGACUCUCCCAGACAUAUACUCCACAACUAAUAAAUGUACAGGAGACAACAGGAAAGGUCUGGCAUCACUUUCCCUACACCAGGACAACCAUACACAUACCUGUAAGAUGUCUCCGCCAAACAAUACUGUUUUUAUUUUAAAUACACAGAAUCGGACACAGAAUGUUUGCGACUGUUUUAGAAAUGAUACCUCACAGGAACUAUAUACGUGUAUCAGAAACUUUGACAAGCUCAGCUUUUAGAGAUGCUUGUUCAGCCAUAAAGUUAAUCGAUGAUCUAAGAAUAAAACAAUAAAAGUUAAGUUUGUAAAAAAAAUUAAAAAUAAAAAUGACUACAGUGUGCACCACUUUUUUCACUCAAACAUUUCACAAGAGCAAGGAAAACAUAAAUGUAAUAAAUGAAUAUUAUUGAUGUAACACAUUUUAAACCAAAUCUUUUAGACUGUAUUUAUUAUCCAUACACUAUUUCAAUUUAUAGUUCCAUAGUUUUUGUUAUUGUAUUUUGUUGUAAAUGCCUGUUCAGUAAAAGGUAAUUUUACCUGAUAUGUGUGUGUGUGUGUGUGUGUGUGUGUGUGUGUUACAGACACUCGGUCAAUUACCCCGGCUAUUGAAGUCAUUGGCCGCUAAUUUUGGGUGAUGUUAUUUUCGUAACAGAAAUGUAGAGUACUUCAGUCAUUGGCCGGCCAUUGUCAACAAUGCCCAGUGAGUCUCGGGCAAUGUGUGUAAUAUGCCAAUCUGUAGCAAAUACCUCAUAACGUGGGACGAUAAGCAUUCCACCUGCUGUCUCUUAUUAUUAGCAGCAGUAAGCCUGGCCAGGCAGCACUAUUUUUAUAAGAAAAAGGUACACAGAAAGAAUGAGCUCACAGUUUGGUUUUCGAUUAGGAUCCCUUUAAAAAAAGACGUCCUGUGGCAUGCGCGGAUUUUUUUAAAUGGAGUUGCUUGUUAAAUUUGUAAUCCAUUGUAGUUCAGUCAGUAUAGCUUAUGGAAAGAUACAAAAAAGCUAUAAAUAACAACCAAAAAACUAUAACGCAGCUGUGUUAUUACUGUGUAUGCCUUGCCCUGCUGUUGGAUCUUCAUUCCUAAACUGUGCUCAGCAAGAAUAUCAUCUCUCAAGAAUCAUCCCGAUUUUUUUUUUUUUUUUUUCCCUCCCAGUUAUUUUGUGGAUUAAAAAUAUUUUUUGGGGGGACUGGAUAUUUCGGGAUGUUUAAACAAAGUGUCACGUUUUCACUUUUCACGAUCUCUUUUUAUUAUAUUAUUUGCUCUGUACACAUGCUUAACUCAGGGGAGACGUUGAGGAGGACAGAGAUGUUAAAAACUCCUAGUGGUUUGCAUUCGAGCACUGGACGAGCGGUGUGUCCAUUAAACCUUUAUUUAGUCAAGAAAAUCACUCAGACUCAUUUAUUUGAAGUUUUACGAAUCAGAGCAACAUCAGCGCUCCUUCGGUUUAUUAAAAUGCCUUUAAUAUUGGAUUAAUGGUUUGCGCAUACUACCAAAACCCAGAAACAUGUAAUAAUAAUUAGCAAUCCUAAGUUUAUUACAAGCUCAGCAUUAAUACUUCAAUAACAUAAUACAAUUAUAUGUAUUUAGUGCAGCCCUCGGGCCAGCUAAGCAAAGCCUACAAGCACCCACUGCUAUAUUUUAGCACAUUCAAUAUAACACUCUCAAUACUAAAACAUAGUUUCAAAACCUCAUAGCAAUAUAACCAAUACAUGCAAGAUACAAUAUUACCAUUAAUAUGCUUACCUCCUAUUAUAAGGGAGAGUAGCGUGAACAAAAGAGAAGGACUGCCUUGUGAAGAUCUGCAAAGGAUGGACCACGUGGCUCUGCCAAGCUGAGUCUUGAUUGUGGUGGUCUCAGUGUGAUCUGCCCAGGGUUUUUAUACAAUUUUUGUCCCAUUGAAAGCAAUGGGAGGCCCCAAUUAGAUCCAAUCAUCAAUCUAUAUGGACAGUCCUUAUCUCUUGGCAAACAGUAAUCUCUAAAGAAUUCAACCAACUCUUCAGACUCAAUCGGAGUCACAUGCCAACAAAUCAACACUGGCCCAUGAUCUUAUCCACCCAUUCUUGGCCCCCUCCUUCAUCUGAAAAGUUAGGUGAAGCAGAGUUCACAAGAUCCUUGCUACCUUGAUUCACCACUUAAUAUGUGUGCAUUAUAAUAAGGAGUGGUGUUUGAAUAUAUGCAGCACCAAUAAUUGUGUGCAUUAUAAAAAGAGUGGUGUUUGAAUAUAUGCAACACCAACAGUUGUAUCAUAAUAUAGCAGUUAUAUUUAUAAUGGUUAUAACUGAUUACAUGAACUUGGCUUUCAAAAUUAUAUUACCUCAUGUCAUCUUACUCAAAUUAGUUUCCUUUUUCCUUACAGGUAUGUGUUUAGCAGGUAUUAUAGGGAACUUCCAUCCUAUAUUUUUUUAGUGUAGAGCUUUUCUUCUUAUGGAAAACCUAACUAUUUUACUGAGCUGUAAAGCUGCAAUGUUUUUCUCAUCUAUGGGCCCCUCAUAGCCUGGACUUAAUUGGCAUCCAGAUGACCCUGUAUUUUUCAGCUAUACACAUACUGGCUAAAUCCAGUUUGUUGGAGACACCUCUUUCCUUGCCAAGUUUGGUAAUGAUUAAUGUUUCUAUAAGUCUCCUCACACCUGUGUCUUGCGUGCUUGUUCCGCCCGGCAACUAACUAUCUUAAUAUAUUUUGGAAUUAGACCAUUUCUAUUCUGUCCUUCCUUCUUCUAUAAAUUGAAGAAUACUUCUAGCCUUGAUACCGUAAAUUCCUGAUAAGAGAAUCCCCGCUUCUCUUGCCAACGAAGACCUCUUGGCAUCAAGCACUGAUCCCUCCAAGGGCAGGCUUGUAGAAAGUUCGAAAAAGCAGGUUACACAGAGUUUACUUUUCCAAAGCCUAUCUUUUGCUUAUAAAGUUAUUCUUCAAUAUUUUUUCAAUCUUUUUAUUUUGUAUUUUAAACACAACAUCCUUUUAUGCUGCAUUAUCUUUUUAACUCAGAGCCAAACUAAGUAUUUUACUCCUUAUAGAAUAUGGUUGUUAACUAUUCUCCUCUUUACUAGCAGCAGCAUAGCAGCAAUAUCACAAUAACAAUUUAUUUAACUUUUCUGUUCCCUUUCUGUGGUGUAUCUUCUAAAAUACUUAUUUUCCUUAAAAAUUACUCUUAACCCCUUUUUCUUUAUAUUCAGAAAGUAUAAUUCCUAAAUGCAAGCACAGAGGCAAUCCUUCUCAUUAAAUUGGGACUCAGUAUUCAACCAUGCCCAUCUUGAUAAGAAACAGCUUCAGGUAUGCUAUCAUGUCAGGCAGGACUGAGCAUAUGAUUUUACACAUAAAAAUUGUUCAUAGUAUUUCACACUGUUACAUAAACUAACAAUCAUUAACACUACUUAUGAUUACAUGUUACUACAACAAUCUAUACUACUUAAAGCAAACAUAUUAACAUACAUCUAUUAGUACAGCAUUAUUCUGUAUUCAAGCUGUUAACAGAGAUUUUAGCACUCAAUUCUGGGAACCGUGCCUAUUUUAAUAAGAGACUGCUCAAGGCCGGCCAGUGUAUCAAGUUGUACCAGAUUCUGUUAUACGGUCUUACAGAGAGAGCACUUUACAGUAUUUGUUACAGACUAAAGAUUAUUCAAACAUUACAAAUGGUUAAAACACAUAUCAUCUCAUUAAUACAUUUCAUUUUUAAAUCAUCCAGUCCAUGUCCAAUGUUUCAGCUCGUUCCCAGCAGGACUCCACUUCUGUCUUGGGUUCAGCUCGGGUCGGCUCUGCAAACACCACAAUACCUAUUUUGCUCUACAUCAUUAGUGGGCAGACUUAAUACAACUGAAUCUGAAUCAAUCGAGGUGCAGUGAACUCUAGCCACUGAAAUUCUCCAUGCAAAGGAAUCCAAUUUCUUACUACACAUAAUAACUGGUUCAGGGUCACCCGUGACAAAAGACUGAUUUAUACAGCAUUUUGAUUUUCGGGACUACUAUUAUUAUUAUUAUUAUUAUUUAGAUUUUUUUCUCAAUUGACUCAUCAGCUACUAAUCUGUUUGUUCUUACCGUUUUACUGGUUUUGUUUAUAAAAGCAUAUACAUGUUUUUGUUACUUUUCUCAUUCUUUUCAUUCUGAGCAUUUGCAAAUAUUGUGUAAAUAAAUCUUCUGAGUUUGA